GAAUAUCCUAUUAUCUGAGAACUCCCUGGUUUGUACAUAUCCAGAAAUCCGUCUUUUUUAGGUUUGAACUCUCUGGGACAAUUUAAAAAACACAUGGGCUGCAGUUUUGUGAUGGAUACUAGUAUUCCAACCCAGACCAGUAAAUACCAAAUCUUGCAACCUCGAAGCUUAUACUAAUAAAGAGCACAUUUUCCUUUGAAGUAUCUCGACAUGUUUGGUAUUUCAUACGGGGAGCUCUUCCUUUUGAUCGGAGCCACUGCUGCUCUAGUUGGACCGAAGGAUCUGCCUAAAAUUGCAAAAGUAGCUGGAAGAUUUGCAGGUCGAUCAAUUGGAUAUGUUCAAUUAGCUCGUGGUCAGUUCGAUAAUGUUAUGCAACAAUCCCAAGCUCGUCAGGUUACCAAAGAGCUUCAAGAUACAAUGGCACAACUAGAUGCAAUUCGGCAUGAAAUACGGAGUUUAUCUCUUAUGAAUCCUGGUCCUAUGACUAGAAGACUGAUGGAAAAUCCUCCAGAGCUUGCUUCUGAUAGUAAUGGUACAGUUCCAUCUGAGAAAUGUGAAGAAGACAAGAAUUCAGCUGAUGCUGUGAAGAAGGAUCAUACUCCAAAGUCUUCAGCUUCAACUGAUUUGCAUAGCAAAGCAACUGCCUAUGCAAGAUUGGCCGAAUCCGAAGCUGUUAAAGCUGGUUCAGGGAGAUUCAGUGUAGAAGACGAAAAUCUUAAUUAUGAAAUUGGUGAUUUCUCGGUUCUUCCAGUUUCAGCUGAAAGUGCUGGACUCCUUCCAGAUCGGAAAGAAAGUGCAAAAGGAUCAGACCUUGUGUUGGAAGCAGUAGUGGAGGCUGAGGUGGCACAUAAUGCCAAGGAAUUCUUUUCUCUGCCUCAAAAUCAAAUACAGUAAAUAAGAAGCCCAGAAAAUGAAGAUGGAUGCCGUUGAAUAAAAAAAAUAAGGUCAGCCCGUCGAACCGAUUGAACUUGGAAUCAGUAGUCAAUUUCAUUCAAACACUAUUUAAAAGUUAAUUCACUCGGUCAAACCGAAAAUCAGAAGUUUGAUCCGAGUAGAAUGUGAUUAAAGUCUAACUCCAAGGUUGGGGCCAUAUUGCAUAGUAGAUGUAGCAAUAAGUUCAAGCUUAAACCAUGAAUUUAUUACUACAGGCAUGUUAAAAGCCAGUGGGACAUGUCUUUGUUUCCCAUACAUGAUGAAUGAGAGAUGAUCAGGGAUGUGUUGAAAUCAAGUUGAGUCUGAGCCAAAAUGGUAAGCUGUUUGAGCUCAAUUCGGAAUUCAUUGCUCAAAACCUGGACCGAAAUGUAGUGUUAAUCAAAGUUUAGGGACAACUGGUGUAGUUUAUCCUAAUAAUAUUUAAGAGUUUAAGUUUAUCAA